AAUAAAACUGAUGGACUCCUCAGAUGAAGAAAAACCAGUAGAUCUUCCACCCAUUAGAGUAAGAAGUUCAGAAUUGAAUUAAAAGUAGAUGAAAGACAUCCUAUUAUGUAAGUCAAUUAUUUAUUAUAAUCUCUUAGGCUUAGAUAAUUUAUUCAAAAAAUAUACAUUAGACAAGGAUAUUUGUGUUGAAUUAGUCAAAUUUAUGAAAUCAAAACCAGAAUACAAGAAAUGUAUAUGCUUUGCCUAUAUAAUUUAGUGGGUGAUGGUGAAUGGCAAUGUAUUAUAGGAUCUAACUUUGGAUGUUCCUUAAGUUAUGAUUUGGGACUUUUAACUUUUUUUGAUUUUUUAUCGAAUGGGAAAUCAAUACUCCUCUUUAAGUCAGGAUGAUAAAAAUAUAAUAUCAAG